AGGAACCAUCGUAAAAAGAACGAGGGGGGAACAUUAUUGACGGGGACACCGUUACCAUGGAGACUCACCCGCUACAUCCGGACGCUCGGUGAAAACGGUUUACAUUAUUAUGGACUCUGAGUAUCUGAAAAGACACCUGGGGAAAUGUCUGGCAGACGGACUGGCUGAAGUGGCCGAGCAGCGUCCAGUCAACCCCAUCCUGUAUCUCGCCCACUGGCUCUACAAGCACAACGAAAACGUGGAGCACCAGACGCAGAGAAAAGCUAAUAUGUCGCUCCUGGAGGAGGAGCAGGCAGAAGCCGGAGAGGAGGGGUUACAUCAGGAGACGCUCAAAGACGAGGAGCAGAGGAUCAGUAAGAUCCCUGAGCAGGAGCCUCCAGAGCUGUCUGAUCCAUCCACACCAGCACCAGCAGUAGCUCCUGAAGUUAACAAUCCUGGAACAGAAGAGGAACAAGACGCUUCUGAUCCAUCCACACCAGCACCAGCAGUAGCUCCUGAAGUCAACAAUCCUGGAACAGAAGAGGAACAAGAUGCUUCUGAUCCAUCCACACCAGCACCGACAGUAGCUCCUGGAAUUAACAAUCCUGGAACAGAAGAGGAACAAGACGCUUCUGAUCCAUCCACACCAGCACCGACAGUAGCUCCUGGAAUUAACAAUCCUGGAACAGAAGAGGAACAAGACGCUUCUGAUCCAGAAAUCAAGCAGGAUAGAGAUGAACAAAAAACUGAAGCUCAGGAAAAUGAGCCAGAGGUGGAGGUUACAGAUCAAGUAACCAAUCCAGAGUCGCCUGAGGCGAAACCUCUGAAGGCCAGCAGCUCUUCCCUUUCUGACCUGAAAGAGGAGUCUGCAGAGGAGCCUGAUGAAAAGACUGAAGACGAGCCAGGAAGCAAUGAAGCAGAAGAGACGACGGAGGUGAAUCCAAGUGACAAUCAAGAAGACGAAAAGGAAAAGAGUGAAGUUGACCAAGAAGAGGAAAAGGUGGAUGAUCAACCUAUCACUGACUCUGAGCAGACUGAAGCAUUACACUCGACUCCCCGCCCAGAUGCUGACGACUUACAAACAAACAAAACAGAAGAGCAACACGACAAACAGACCCCUCGUACUCCUGACCCUGAACACACAGAGAAGGUUGAGUCGAUGACAGAAAGUGGACAGGAGAUGCAGAAUUCAGUGUCUCCAUCUCUUCAGGACGAGGAAAAGGAGACGGACGAUCGACGCGCAAGUGAGGCCGCUGAUAUCUCUGCUCCAGCUGACAGUGAUGUAACAGCGGAGAGUGAGAGACCUGGAACUAUUCAAGAGGAAUCUGAAGACUAG